UCCCUGUUCAAUCCACACAACCACACAGCCACAAAAUAAUCUCGAAAUUAAUAUCAACAAUGGCGGGAUCCGCGAAAUUCAGCGCUGCGAUUGCUCGAGCUACCCGCAAUUCCGCCUCCUCCGGCGCUGUGACAACAGCUAUUAAACGCGAACACUCCAGCUCCCCCGUGUUUAAACGCGAGUCGCAAUCCCCCGGCAUCAAGCGAGAGGGCUCGUCGGAGCUGUCCUCGCCACCCCUCUCCUCCGAGCUGUCGUCGCCGCCCGCCUCCUCCGAAGAUGAAGGCGAAGCAUCACCCUACUUCGCGCCCAAGGCGUCGUCCUCCAAGCGACAGCGCAUAAAAAAGGAGCCUCCAAAAUCCAUGGGCGACGUCCCCUCCAUCCUCCCUCUGGCCAAGCGCAAGGGCAACCAGAAACCCGCACCGUCAUCCACGCCUCCCCCCAACUGGGAAGAUAUGUACUCCCUGACCAAGACCAUGCGUCUCUCGCGGCCCGCACCAGUAGACACGAUGGGCUGCGAGCGGACGGCGGACGCGGCCGAGUCACCGCUCGUAAAGCGGUUCCAGACACUCAUCUCGCUCAUGCUCUCGUCGCAGACGAAGGACACGGUGAACGCGGCGACGAUGGACAAGCUGCGGGCGGAGCUGCCGGGCGGGCUGAACCUAGCGUCUGUAUUGACCGUCGAGCCCGCAGAACUGAACCGGCUGAUUGCCUCGGUCGGGUUCCACCGAAGGAAAACGGAAUAUAUCAAGCGCACCGCAGUCGUGCUGCGCGACGAGUGGCGCGGCGACAUUCCUGACAGCAUCGAGGGCCUCGUCGCGCUGCCAGGCGUCGGCCCGAAGAUGGCACAUUUGUGUAUGAGUCACGCGUGGGAUAAGGACAUGGGCAUCGGUGUCGAUGUGCAUGUCCACCGCAUUGCAAAUCUCUGGGGCUGGGUGGAGAGCACCACCCCCGAGGGCACGAGGGAGCAGCUGGAGGCAUGGCUGCCAAAAGAUAAAUGGCGGGAGAUCAAUUGGCUCCUUGUAGGGUUUGGACAGACGACGUGUUUGCCUAGGGGAAGGAAGUGUGGGGAUUGUCUGCUGUCGAAAGGGUUGUGUAAAGCUGCAUUUAUGGGGAAUUCGGCGCCGAAAAGGAGGAAAGGAGGAAAGGUUAAAAUGGAGGAAGCGGAGGAUGAGGAUGAGGAUGAGGAUGUGAAGGUGGAAGUGAAAGGGGAGUCGGAUGCUGAGUACAAGUUGGAAGGAGGCAGUACUAAGGGUUUAGAGGCUACACCGCGGAGGAGACCUCUCAGGAGAGGAGUGGCCAAGGUAGAGGUGAAGACGGAGGAUGGGUGGGAGGGCAUGCCGGACAUCGAGGAUGCCGUCGGGUUGUAGUACUUGUGCAUGUAAUCUUAGUGCGGCGUUCAGGAGUUUAAUAGUUGAAGACUGCCUUUCACUUUCAUUC